CGCACGUCCAUCUCAACAGCAGCCGCGAUUCAUCCUGAGUACUAGCACACUAGCCCUGGCUUAGGCAGACAUGCGAUCGAGCCGGCAAUGAACAACAAGCCCUCAAUAUUUACAUCAAGCAGCCUUACAAGAAAAUCAAUAGCACCAGGCCCGGCGCCCCUCGAAUCGCUGCGCGCACCGCGUACCUCGUCGCCCUUUCGCCGACAGAGCACUCCGGACUGGCUCGAACACAACACUGUCAAAGCCGCUGUCGCUGCUGCUCAAAACCACCCUGGUGCCGCUGCGCUAGCUACACCUAUACCGGCUCCAGCGCCAUCACAGCUGACAAGAGCGCAUCCGAAUACACCUACGCGGCAACAGGGCAAGGAGAACACGGUGUCGCCCUCGAUAUGGACAUCGUUCGCUGAUCGCAACCAUACCACGAACCCCCAGGCGUCUACAAAGACUCGGAGCGCCAGUAGCAGCAACGGCGCCAUCAAAACGACCCCGACUUCCCAGCGCGCGCCUUCAUUCUUGCCUGGCACGCCGCCUGCAUCUGCACCAGAUCGCAUCAAGCGCAAAUUUGCACCAGAGCUCGCGCCGGAGGACUUGGGACCUACAUCUUCUGAGCCGGUCAAUAAGCGUGCUAAGUUACGGCCGCGAACGAAACAUACUCUUGAUUUCCAGAACUUUGGCCCGCCAAGCUUUAGUCACGCUGUGCAACCGCCAUCGCCACUAUUCUUCAGCAAUAGUCCCCGCCCGCGGCCAAAGCUGCCGCCGCGCUUCUCCAGUAGCGAGGCGGCAGCAAGAAUGCUCAGCAAGGCCCGCACUGAGGAGAGCCACGUUAAGACUGUCAGCUUGGCUCGAGGGACGGUGACUACGCCUGCAAGCAGGAGGAGCUUGGAUCGCAGCGUGACAGGGCGAAGCAGCAGUCCUGAUGCUGGCAGCAAUGGCACACGGGAAGGAAUGAGUGGCAUGAGCGGUAUGCUCAACAAUAUCGGGAUAAUUGAACUCCUGGAACAGGAUGAAAGACCUACAUUCAUCGUUGAUCUUGGCGACAGCACGAACUACGGCCCUAGUCCACUGCACCCUGUCUUUGCCAACCAGUCUCUCAGAUCUUACGAUGGCAUGCAGUCGCUCAUUAGUGGGAACACUCCCGGCGACUCUUCGCCUGGCCCGAACACGUUUCUGCAAUUCAAAUCAUGGCUGCUUAGUGCGGCAGUGAAUGGAGAAUCUCUCAAUGUCUAUUUGCGGCAAAUGUGCAAUCUCAUCAUGGCUUCUCCGCAUCCAGCUGCGAUGUACUGGGGAGAGGACCUAAUUGCAAUAUACAAUGAAGCGUACAUUCUCCUCGCUGGUCAAAAACACCCAGAUCUCAUGGGCAUGAGCUAUCGGAUCGCAUGGGCAGAGAUCUGGGAUGAAGUAAAAAACGUCUUCGCCCAUGCUAAGACCACCGGCGAAGCGACGAUGAAGGAUGAUGAUUGUCUGUUCAUUAAGAGGAGUAAUUCUCUGGAAGAAACGUACUUCUCAUGGUCUAUAAUUCCCAUGGUUGGGCGAGACGGCAGUGUCAUGGGCCUAUACAACCCAGCAUUUGAGAAAACCCGUCGGAAGGUCGCAGAAAGGCGGAUGCUUACCUUGAGAGAGAUCGGCGAGAGGACGGCCUCUGCUCGAGACGUCAAGGGCUUCUGGUCACAAGUUCUGGCAUCGUUCGAGGUCAAUGAGUCCGACAGUCCAUUCUUGUUACUCUAUUCUGUUACGGAAGAGAAUGAAAGCGACAGCAGCAGCAUACACUCAAACUCGGUUAGUAAUAACCGAAUGUGUAUUCUGGAGGGAGCAUUGGGUGUUCCCGAAGGUCACCAAGCUGCAGCAGAUCAGAUAGAUCUCAAAGCCGGCAUGGAAGGAUUUGGACCUGUUUUCCGAGAGGUCAUGAAAACAGACAAGCCAGUUCUGCUUGAAGUCGGCAGCAGGGACCUCCCGGAGUCACUCCUCGACGGCUUAGAAUGGCGUGGUUUCGGCGAUCCUGUGGGUUCUGUGGUCGUGUGCCCAAUACAUCCAACGACAGGUGAUGUUGUCCUUGGAUUCUUGGUUCUUGGUGUUAAUCCGAGGAGGCCUUACGAUGAUGACUACAGCUUGUUCAUACAGCUUCUCAGUCGGCAACUUGCUACCUCGUUGGCGUCGGUGGUAUUGUUCGAAGAAGAGAUCAAAAGAGGACAGAAAGCGGCAAAGUUGGCUGCGCUGGACCGAAUAGAGCUGUCCGAGCAAUUGGCCGCCAGAACGCAAGAGGCCAUCGAAAGCGAGACCAAAUUCACUCGCAUGGCAGAAUUUGCCCCUGUAGGAAUGUUCAUUGCAAGCUCCGAGGGACGGAUCACCUUUGCCAAUGACACUUGGUACGAUAUUUCGCGUGUGCCGAAGAAUUCAGAAAUGGCAGAUACGUGGAUGAAUGCUGUUAAGCCGGAGGACCUGGAUCUUGUGAAGCGACUGUGGAGCGAUCUUGCAGUUGACGCGAAGUCCGUGUCUCGCGAGUUCAGAUUUAAAGCACAGUGGCGAGAUCGCAACGGCAAUAGUGGGGACACAUGGGUGUUGUUUUCUGGGUAUCCAGAGAAGUAUGAAGACGGCAGACUCAAAAGCAUUUUCGGCAGUAUUACAGACAUCAGUCAACAGAAAUGGGCAGAAGGGAUACAGACCCGAAAGAUGGAAGAGGCUGUUGAGCUAAAGCGGCAGCAGGAAAACUUCAUCGACAUCACAUCGCACGAAAUGCGCAAUCCGCUGUCCGCGAUCUUCCAAUGCUCCGACGACAUUACGACUUCAUUGACCAAGUUUCGCCAAAGCGACGAAAGGGUCAUUCCGGACUCAUUGCUUGAGAGCUGCCUGGACGCUGCGCAAACAAUAAGUCUAUGCAGUCAACACCAGAAGCGGAUCGUGGAUGACAUUUUGACGCUUUCGAAACUUGAUUCGCAGCUGCUACUAGUGACACCGGUGGACGCACAGCCUCUCACAGUCGUACAGAGAGCUUUGAAGAUGCAUGAAGGCGAGCUGCAAGCUGCCGAUAUCCAAAUGAAGUUCGUCGUCGACCAAUCAUUCCGAGACCUUGACCUUGACUGGGUGCGCUUUGACCCGAGUCGCGUGCUGCAAGUACUCAUCAACCUGACCACCAACGCCAUCAAAUUCACUGGUACGGAGAGCCGCAGGACAAUCACGGUUACCAUCGGCGCUAGCACUGAGCGACCGAGCGACAAGCAUGAUGCGCCAGUCAAGUACUUCCCAACACGAAGGAAGAGCAAGGACAUCAUGACAGACAAGGACUGGGGAGACGGCGAGAAGCUCUACAUCCAUUUCGCCGUCCGUGAUACAGGCCGUGGCCUUAGUCCCGAAGAAAAGAAGCUAUUGUUCAUAAGAUUCUCGCAGGCCUCUCCGCGGACCCAUGUCCAAUAUGGCGGCUCAGGGCUAGGCUUAUUCAUCAGCCGCGAGUUGACGGAACUCCAAGGUGGCGAGAUCGGAGUGGACAGCGAAGCUGGAAAGGGCUCGACGUUCGCCUUCUACGUUGCAGCAAGAAGAAGCUCGCAACCAGCAGAGACCAUUGACGGUGGCAUUGGGCUGAAGCGUUCGACUGCUCCGGCUUUCAGGAACAAGUCUACACCGCCGGCGGCGGCGGCGGCGGCAAAGGGCGCGUCUGCCGCCAAGAGCGACAGCCGCGCAAGCGGCCAGAAGCCCGGCGUGAAAAAGGUGCUCAUCGUGGAGGACAAUCUCGUGAAUCAGAAGGUUUUGCAGAAGCAGCUGAAGAACAUUGGCACCGAAGUUCACGUGGCUAAUCACGGCGGUGAGGCGUUGGAGAAGCUAAUGCAGUCGACGUACUGGCGGGACGGCAAUACGGUGGGAGAUCAGAUCGAGCUUGGCCUUGUGCUCAUGGACCAAGAAAUGCCAGUGAUGGACGGUCUGACGUGCACACGCAAGAUUCGUGAGCUCGAAUCGCAAGGGAAGCUGAUCGGUCAUGUGCCCAUUAUCGCAGUCACGGCGAAUGCGCGGUCUGAGCAGAUCCAGACUGCUUUGGACGCAGGAAUGGAUGACGUCGUGAGCAAACCUUUCCGCAUUCCAGAACUGGUCCCCAAGAUCGAAGAACUCAUGGCGAAAUACCCCAUGCCCAUGCCCAUGCCGAGCAGGACCAAAUGA